AUGGGAGAUCCUGGAAUAUCUUGGCGUGGGAACGAAGGUGGGGAGGAAGGUGCGAUGCCAACAUCCGAACCAACUCGUGAUUUCCCCGAACGUGAUUCCCACAUCAGUCUUCAAUCUACAGAAUCGGACUUUCAUAUUCCUGAUGACGCUGAAAGUUUGACUCUUCCCACAAGGCGGCGAACAACUAAAAAAGUUGAACGGCUCGAAAUGGAGAUUGACCGUUUGACUCUAUACAGAAAGAUUGACCAGAUCGCAAGGAAGAUUAAUACGAAUCAGGAGACAACUCAAUACCUUUUGAUUACCAACUUGAGCGAUAACCUACGUGAUUACCUUCUGGAAAAAAAUAUCGGCGGAGUACGACUCACUCUCGACGAUCAAAACAUCCUGCUCAGGAUCAUGCCUAGCGUACAGCACGGUUGCAUUAUCGGUAGAUGUACCAUUUUCUUAUCUCAGGCAAUGGAAAUCGCGGGUUUAUCAUUUGAGAGUGAUCGCUGGGAAAUGACUGGCGCUGCAACAAAGCAGGGAGGCUUUUGCGCAAAGGAACCGGAUGUCAGUAUGGUCCCAAAACCGCAUCCUCUCUCCACAAUUGUUGGUGCUUGGCCAUCCCUUGUCGUCCAGAUUGGGCUUUCAGAAUCACAGAGUCAUUUUUAUAAGGAUGUCAAAUGGUGGUUACACAACUCCAACCACAACACUCGAUUGGUUUUGCUCCUCAAAAUCCACAGGCAACCCUUUUGGGUGGAUGUUGAACUGUGGUCAGAGGGUCUUGAGAUCGACCCACAGCCAGAGAGUCCAGUGAUUAAGCAGUCAAUACGAGUCAAAGAGGAUGUAAUCACAUCGCUUGAGGGUUCAAGUCUGGAUAUUCAUCUAGACUACGAGAUGAUUAUGAGAGAAGCCCGGCCAAGUGGGCAAGAAGACAUCGUUAUUACGCAACGGAUGCUGCGUAGGAUUUGCAAAGAGAUAGUUUAA